AUGGUAUCACCUUCUCCAACAUAUGAAACAUCUCCACCUCUCACAUCACCACCCGCACCUUCCUUUCAAUCUCAAGCUUCGUCAUCGUCACAUCCCAUCAAAUCCAGCUAUCCACAUCAACAACAGCAACAGCAAAACAGUAAUUUACCCGUACCGCCUCCAGCGGACCGUCAACCACCUGCCAAAAAUCGGAACCCUCAUCAUAUCAACGGCGGUCAGAGAUUGAACAAGAUACUUCGCAAGGGCAAAGAGAGGGAUAAGAGUACCCAUAGUACUGGUGACAUAGAGGAAGAUUGGACCUUGGAAGGUAUAACUCCACCUUCAUCACACAAUGCAUCGGGAAACGGAUCUACUUUGGGACCAAGGAGAACUAGUGCAGACACUGCAGACACUGCCAGGAGCUUAGAAAAUGAUGUCAAUCUGAAUCAUGAGCGUCAGCCUAUAGAUAUAUCCCCUAAAGAAGAUAUGGAGAAGAAGGAGAAGAAAUCGAAAGGACGAGGCAUAGUGAAAAAGACAUCUCGUUUAUUCGCUCGUGAUAAAGACAAAGAUAAGGCAUCAGAAUAUGAUACUUCCAAUGGUAAUAAUUUAGUGUCAAAUGGUGGGAACUCGUUGAACCCUAUUCCUGGAAGUAGACAACCAUCUUAUUCCUCUACCUAUUCAAGUGAUUCACAAACCACAACCGCAACUUCAAUUCGAAGCAAUAAUCAUUUCCCAACACUGAACCGACCAAUCUCAAAUCAAUCAAGAGCUAGAUCACCGAAAGAUUAUCAGACCCAUGGACGUAGAGCAUCACAAGAUUCGAAUAUCUCCUGGAGAAGUAAAUCUUUCAGAUCAGGUUCAUCACCUCAAGACUCAUCUUCAAACGAGAUAGGUGUACCUAUACCUUCUAGACAAGGUUCCAACAUGAGUGCUUCAGUUCCUGGCUUAUCUAGAAACUCUCUGCCACAACCAGCAGGAGGUUCAUCAUCAUCAUCAUCAUCAAAUCAACAACAAACUUCGAGAAGUCCGGAAACCACUUUCCCUUCAAGAAUGUCAACUUGGUUCUCACACCUGCUACCGUCAACAUCUUCGACAACUAUCCAGGAAGGUUCCUCCAUCUCUUCUCCUACAUCCUCAUCCGAAUCUCCCCCACAGCUUCCUCCUUCUCCUCUCAGGAAACCACCUUCGGCAGCCGCUAGCUUCCUGAAUGCAGCCAGACAAAGAGCUGUUGAUGGAGUAAGGCAUUUGUUGGAUACAGAAGCUCAACCUGACAAGUGUCAAGAUACUAUCUGGGUAAUGGGUGUUGGUCAUCCGGGUUGGAGACCGAGUACGCCCAGUCGAUCACCAAAUACCGUGAACCUACCUGAAAUAUCAGAUAACACCUCUGAUCGAGCUUUCGAGGAAAGACGUGGUUCAGCGGAAUCAGGUAUUACUUCUCCUUCAUCCCAAACUGAAUUGGGGGCAUUAAGACCUUCGGCAUGGUCGAAGAAGCAGAAAGAUCAACCGUCCUCAACAAAUCCGUCAGUGACAACAUCACCGCCGACAAAAGGGUUUUCCAAUCUUUUCACCGCUUCGACACUGUCAUUGUCCUUACCGGCAUCUAUGACAAGUGGAUCACCGAGCAAAGAAGGAGGUACCAGUGUGGCCGAUAGUCCUGGCAAGGUCAGAAAUAACAAAAAGGAUAAAGAGACACUCAAAUGGCCUGACCAAUUUUAUGAUGAUUUCCGAUCAGUGGUAUGGUGUACAUACCGCUCACAAUAUGCUCCAAUUCUAUCAUUACCAAAUAACCUCCUUAUACCAUCGCCUGAAGCUUAUUAUUCAGCAUUUGGUCCUCCAGCAGACUCAUCAUCGACACCGUCUGAGCCGAUAGCCUUAUCAUCUGCAGCCACGGCAGCAGGUCUUUCAACGAGACCGUCUGGAACCGGAUGGAGCUGGGCUCGAUCGGAAGGAGGUCUGACUAGCGAUGCAGGAUGGGGAUGUAUGCUGAGAACCGGUCAAAGCAUGCUAGCGAAUGCGUUGGUACAUCUUCAUCUAGGCCGAGACUGGAGAGUUCCUCCCAAACCGUCUUCCCAUCCAACGACGCCGUCAGACCUGGGCAAUCUUCAAAGGUACACGGAGUACGCCAAGAUAGUCUCAUGGUUCAUGGACGAUCCCUCGCCUCUAUGCCCCUUCAGCGUUCAUCGAAUGGCUUUGAUUGGGAAAGAGCUUGGUAAAGAGGUAGGAGAGUGGUUCGGUCCCAGUACGGCGGCUGGAGCGCUAAAAACCUUGACAAACUCAUUUGGGGCAUGUGGUUUGGCCGUAUCAACUGCAACAGAUAGUAUAGUAUAUAAGAGCGAGGUCUAUCAAGCUUCAAAUUUACCGUCAAGAGGCUGGGAAUCACCAUUACCACCUCCCACGGACACAGAACGUAGAGGCGGCCGUGUAUCAACGCCACGGAGGUCGUCCGCUUCAACAGGGAAAAGUGGAAAUGUGUGGGGUGAUAAAGCUGUGUUGGUGCUCGUGGGUAUCAGAUUGGGGCUGGAUGGAGUAAAUCCUAUUUAUUACGAGAGUAUCAAAGCUCUGUUCACAUUCCCUCAAUCAGUAGGCAUCGCAGGAGGCCGACCGUCAUCUUCAUACUACUUUGUCGGUUCUCAAGCAAACUCUCUAUUUUACCUUGAUCCCCAUCUCACCCGUCCAGCCGUUCCACUCGAAAUUCCGCCAGCUCCUGCUUCUUCGCCUUCCAACGCUGAUAGUAACGAAAAAGCAAUAGAAGAGGAGCCUGUCGUCGUUGACGCCUUGGAAGCUGGUAUACAACCCAAAGCAAUCAAAUAUAAACUUGAUGUAGUGGAUGUGGACGAUAUUUCAAGUGAAGAGUCAAGUGACGGCGACGUCUCUUCAUCACCUUCAACGGGGGUCAAUCGGAGGUACAAAACAUCAAAACAGGCAAAAAGAUUAUCUGCUAAAGGAAUUACUCCGACUCGACCUACAUCCAAAAUCGCUGAGAGCGAGGAGACACCCCGUGCUGCUACUGCUCCAAACGAAGCAGGACCAUCCACCCCGCAUUCAACAUUACAACAUCCACUCGACCCUCUCCCUGUGUCUGCUGAGAUGUCAUGGUGGGCCAAUGCGUAUCCAGAUCAAGCAUUGAAGACGUUCCACUGUGAGAAAGUUAAGAAGAUGCCUUUGUCAGGUCUAGAUCCGUCGAUGUUACUUGGGUUCUUGGUCAGAAAUGAGGAAGACUGGGAGGAUUUCGUGGAGCGAGCUGGUAAACUACCGCACAAGAUUUUCUCUGUACAGGACGAACCUCCAUCGUGGGAUGCUGAUUCAGAUGCAGGACUAGAAUCAGUCUCUGAACCUGGUGAACCUAGUUUGGACGAUGAGGAGAUUGAGAAUGUACCCAUAACUUCCAAUCGACAGGAUCACUCACCGACCACGGCAUUUAGCAAAGAUAGCGACGAUAUUGAGGAUGAGGAUGUCGAUUUGAUUUCUGCAAAUACAACGGUAGGAGCAGUUGAUAUAGUACGUAAAACUCGUAAGAUGGGUUUAGGAGACGACGAGGGAGAUGAAGAAGAAUGGACUGAAGGUGGUACGCCUCAAAGUCAAAGACCAGUUUUAGUUGAAAGACCUACACCGACCCCGACCUCUACGACUUCGAGACAAGCAAGUUGGCCCAAACCCAAUUCCAGCUCUAAUUCCAGCAGUACAGCUGCCAAGCCUUUACCACAAAUGGAGAAGGUAGAUUUAUCCUCAUCGAAUGAAGGAAAGUCUUUCCCUGCAUCGCCGCCAAACAAGGGAAAUCCGAAAGACAUGACGAAACGACCUUUAUUAGAAGAUCAAAGAUAUAGAACGGAAAGCUGGAUAGAUCCAUCUCCUGUAAAUGGUGAAGCUCCAAAUGGUGAUUCAAUGUUGUAA